UCUUUGGUUCUUUCAUACUAUUGACAAAGCAACAAACUCUCUCUCUCUGAAGGAGAUAAUUAGUAAUUUCAUUGUAAAAACCGUCCAUUUGUUGUUAUUACUUGGCAGCUACUAUCUCAAUUCCUCGUCAGUUUCAAACUGUGUUUGAAUUACAGCCUAAUGAGACUUGCUUUCACGAUCACAUAGUAGUCAGAAUUCAAGAGAGUGGGGUGAGAUAUGAAGUUGUCAUGUAGUUUCCGGAUUAGUGAUCGUCAAGUAUCUAGUUGUGGAACAUUUGAGCAGCUGAACUUGCAGUCGACUUUUGGUUAUAACUUUCUUGGCAAUACAAGUUAUGUAUCAAAAAUUGGCUCUAGAAAGAAAUUGAUUACUUUUAGUCGUCAUGGUUUUAAUUCAAAUCAAAUUGACAAAGGCCAACUGAAUAUUUGUUUGAAGGGUUCCAACGGGCCUAAGUAUUCAUUUUGUAUACUCAAGACAUCAAGGGGGAAGCUUAAAACAGCUUGCCUGGGAAAUGAUUCAAUCAAUUUAAUCAAUGGGACCGGAAGGGAUGUGGAAUCUAUUGAGACUAAAAAUGGAGAGAAUUCAAUAGACGAAGAAACUAGUCAUAGUCCAGAUAAGAAAAAGGAUUCAAAGGAUAAGGAAGAAGAGGCAGAGGUCCCUACUUUGGAUGAAUUAAAGGAGUUGUUGCAGAAGGCACUAAAAGAAUUGGAGAUAGCCCAACUCAAUAGUACCAUGUUUGAGAAUAAGGCUCAAAGGAUAUCAGAAGCAGCAAUAGCACUAAAAGAUGAAGCAUUAAAUGCAUGGGAUAAUGUCAACUCAGCAUUAAUUGCUAUUGAAGAGAUUGUGAAAGAAGAGGACCCCACUAAAGAAGCUAUUAAGAGAGCGAAAAUGGCCCUUUCCUUGGCAGAGGCUAGGCAUCAGGUGGCUCUUGAAUCAUUAGAAGUUGCAAAAGAGAAAGGCUUGAAAGAUGGUAGUGCUGACAAUGAAAGUGAAGAGGAAAACUUGAUUUUAUUAAGAGAAGAGGAAACUCUCUUAGCUGCUCAGAAGGAUAUGACAGAGUGUAGGGUGAAUUUGGAAAAUUGUGAGAAAGCAUUGAUUCGAUUGCAAAACAGAAAAGAUGAGUUGCAAAGAGAAGUCGUUUUGCUGAAUGAAGUUGCUGAAAAAGCGCAAACGAAUGCUUUAAAAGCUGACGAAGAUGUGGCAAACAUAAUGCUUUUAGCAGAGGAAGCUGUUGCUUUUGAACUUGAAGCUACGAAACGUGUUAAUGAUGCUGAGAUUGCAUUAAAGAAAGCUGAGAAAGUUCUUGCCAUCUCUCUUGCGGAUAGUUCUGAGAAGAAAGUGUCCCAAAGUGUGUCACCAACUUUAGAUGGGGAGACAAUAGGUGACGAAAAGGCCACUGAACGGAAUUUAUUUGAAACCGAUGCUGAUGGAGACAGUGAUGUGACAAUCGAUGGUCCUCUGAGUGAACCAAUACAUGAUGUCGAGAUAAAUUUUCAAGGCCAGAUGUCUGAAGAUCCUAGAUAUUCGGAUGACAGUGACAAAGAGAUUGGGGAAACAUCCAAAGAUACUGAAAGUGAUGCAGAAAAGACUAAGACUGGAGCUCAGAUGAAAAAGGCAGAAACACAGAAGGAUUUCACUAAGGAUAGCUCACCAUUGAAUUCCCCAAAAGCAUUAUUGAAGAAAUCAUCUCGUUUUUUUUCUGCGUCGUUUUUCUCUUUGGAAGAUGGUACUGAGUUUACACCGGCAACAGUUUUUCAGGGGCUUAGUGAAUCAGUGAGAAAGCAACUACCUAAGCUAUUAGUUGGGGCUUUGCUCGUUGGCGCCAGUUUUGCUUUCUAUGCCAAACAAGAACAGCGAAUUGACAAACAGUUUCAGCAGCCAAACGUUAUCUCCACCAGGAUUGAUGAAUUCUCGUCCAAUGUUGAGCCCUUGGUCAGCCAGAUUAGGAAAUUACCUGAAAGAGCUAAAAAGUUAAUUGAUACGUUGCCACACCAAGAGAUCAACGAGGAAGAAGCUUCUCUUUUGGAUAUGUUGUGGUUGUUGCUUGGUAGUGUAAUCUUUGUGCCUAUAUUUCAGAAACUUCCAGGAGGAAGUCCUGUUCUUGGGUACUUAACUGCUGGCAUAUUGAUUGGACCUUACGGUCUCUCGAUUAUACGCAAUGUUCAUGCAACGAAAGCAAUAGCUGAAUUUGGAGUUGUUUUCCUGCUUUUCAAUAUUGGCCUGGAGCUUUCAGUUGAAAGGCUGAGUUCAAUGAAGAAAUAUGUUUUUGGAUUGGGUUCCGCUCAGGUGUUAGUGACAGCAACCGUGGUAGGCUUGAUGGCUCAUUUUGUUUGUGGACAGCUUGGACCUGCUGCAAUUGUCAUUGGUAAUGGGUUGGCAUUAUCUUCUACAGCAGUUGUCCUGCAGGUAUUACAGGAAAGGGGAGAGAGCACAUCACGUCAUGGACGAGCCACAUUUUCUGUUUUACUUUUCCAGGAUCUGGCUGUUGUUGUUUUGUUGAUUCUCAUACCUCUUAUUUCACCUAAUUCAUCCAAAGGAGGGAUUGGAUUUUAUGCAAUUGCUGAAGCUCUUGGAUUGGCCGCUGUAAAGGCAGUUGUUGCUAUCAGUGCCAUUAUUGCUGGAGGACGGCUGCUGCUUCGCCCUAUUUACAAGCAAAUUGCAGAUAUGCAAAAUGCAGAAAUAUUUUCUGCAAAUACUCUUCUGGUUAUACUGGGAACUAGUCUACUUACUGCCCGUGCUGGCCUUUCAAUGGCACUGGGAGCUUUUUUGGCUGGUUUGUUACUUGCAGAAACUGAAUUCUCUUUGCAAGUUGAGUCAGAUAUCGCUCCAUAUCGUGGCCUCCUAUUAGGUCUCUUUUUCAUGACGGUUGGAAUGUCAAUCGAUCCAAAACUUCUUGUUUCAAACUUUCCUGUUAUUAUGGGAUCAUUAGGACUUCUAAUUGUUGGGAAGACUGUAAUGGUAGCUGCAGUUGGUAGACUUUUUGGGGUAUCAUUAAUAUCUGCAAUUAGAGUUGGUCUCUUACUUGCACCUGGUGGAGAAUUUGCAUUUGUCGCUUUUGGCGAAGCCGUCAAUCAGGGUAUAAUGACUCCUCAGCUAUCUUCGUUGCUGUUUCUUGUGGUGGGGAUCUCAAUGGCCCUCACACCAUGGUUAGCUGCUGGAGGCCAGUUAAUAGCAUCUCGUUUUGAGCAGCAUGAUGUCCGUAGUUUAUUGCCUGACGAAAGUGAGACAGACGAUUUGCAAGAUCAUAUCAUUAUAUGCGGGUUUGGACGCGUUGGCCAGAUCAUCGCGCAGCUUCUUUCUGAAAGACUCAUUCCAUUUGUUGCUCUUGACGUCAGCAGUGACCGGGUAGCAGUGGGACGCGCACUUGAUCUUCCUGUUUAUUUUGGAGAUGCUGGUAGUCGAGAGGUCUUGCAUAAAAUUGGCGCCCACAGAGCCUGUGCUGCAGCGAUAACUUUAGAUUCACCUGGUGCAAACUAUAGAACUGUCUGGGCUCUUAGCAAGUAUUACCCCAAUGUUAAGACAUUUGUACGCGCACAUGAUGUUGAUCAUGGACUCAACUUAGAAAAGGCCGGGGCAACAGCGGUCGUGCCAGAGACCUUAGAGCCAAGUUUGCAAUUAGCAUCUGCUGUUCUUGCACAAGCUAAAUUGCCAAUGUCAGAGAUAGUAGCUACUAUCAAUGAGUUCAGAUCUCGCCACCUAUCAGAGCUUACCGAGCUCUCAGAAACAAGCGGAAGUUCUCUUGGUUAUGGUUUCUCACGGAUCAUGUCCAGACCUAAAUCUUCUCCGGAUUCUUCAGUUGAUGAUAACCAAAUCAGUGAAGGAACACUUGCAAUAUGAAACCACCUCCAUAAAAUCUAACAAAAAAAAAGGUAUUAAAAAAACUACGAAGUUCAAAAAUAAAAUGGAUUUCGAAGGAGUGGAUAACAGUCCAUUCCCCCUCCGUUACAAAUUGUACAGAAACACCUAGCUGAAAAGGAAGACAUAGUUGAAUUCAUUCUUCAUCUGUUCAUACAAUUUUCCAUA